CUCCUCCUCCUUAUCCUCCCCACGGCCAAUGCCACGCCUAUCGCUCCUCUCUCCACUCUUAAUAUCAUUCCGACUCCCCCGCCUUGAUUGUCGUCAGCUUCCUCUCUUCUCUCCAGCUGCCUCUUUCCUCUCCUCUCCUCUCCCCACCGCUCGCCGCACGUUCCCUCUCUCGCCCCACCGAUCACUCCACAGAACUUCAGUCACCAUGGCCAACAGUAGCGUGAGCGUGCAGCUGACUGCCCCGAACGGGCGUCAAUAUGAUCAGCCCAUCGGUCUGUUCAUUAACAACGAGUUUGUCCCGUCUAAGUCGGGCGAUAAGCUCGCCUCCAUCAACCCUGCUGAUGAGAAGGAGAUCGUCUCCGUCUAUGCUGCUAACGAGGAGGACGUGGAUCUCGCCGUCAAGGCGGCCCGCAAAGCUCUCAAGGAUCCGUCCUGGAAGCUGCUGCCUGCGACGGAGCGCGGACAUCUGAUGCUGAAGUUGGCCGAUCUGAUCGAGCAGCACCGGGAGACACUUGCCACCAUUGAGACAUGGGACAACGGCAAGCCUUACUCCGUCUCGCUCAACGACGAUCUCGGCGAGGUCCUUAGCUGCAUCCGGUACUAUGCCGGCUGGGCGGACAAGGUCCACGGCCAAACUAUCAGCACCACCCCGAACAAAUUUGCCUAUACUCUCCGUCAGCCGAUCGGCGUUGUCGGCCAAAUCAUUCCCUGGAACUUCCCGCUGGCUAUGGCCGCAUGGAAGUUGGGCCCCGCUCUAGCCUGCGGUAACACGGUGGUUUUGAAGGCUGCGGAGCAGACUCCACUCAGUGUUCUCUAUUUGGCCAAGCUGAUCAAGGAGGCGGGCUUCCCCCCCGGUGUGGUAAACAUCUUGAACGGCUAUGGCCGCGUGGCCGGCAGCCCGUUGGUCACGCACCCUGAUGUCGACAAGGUUGCCUUCACGGGCUCCACCUUCACUGGCCGUGAGAUCAUGAAGCUUGCCGCCGGCACGCUGAAGAAUAUCACCCUCGAAACCGGCGGCAAGUCUCCGCUCGUGGUGUUUGGGGACGCCGAUAUCGAGCAAGCCGCCAAGUGGGCCCACACGGGAAUCAUGUACAACCAGGGCCAGGUGUGUACCGCGACGUCUCGCAUCCUGGUCCACGAGUCGGUCUACGACCGAUUCGUGUCUCUGUUCACGCAGGAAGUGGCCACUACCAGCAAGGUCGGCGACCCCUUCGCGGACGACACCUUCCAAGGCCCGCAGGUCAGCCAGGCUCAGUACGAGCGGAUCCUCUCCUACAUCGAAGCCGGCAAGUCCGAGGGCGCGACGCUGGUGGCGGGCGGCGAGCCUCACAAGAAUGUGAACGGUAACAAGGGCUUCUUCAUCGCCCCGACGGUCUUCACCAACGUCAAGGACCACAUGCGCAUCUACCGCGAGGAGGUCUUCGGCCCGUUCGUCGUCAUCUCCAGCUUCCAGGAGGAAGACGAGGCGGUAAGCCGCGCCAACGACACGACGUAUGGUCUGGGCGCCGCCGUCUUCACUCGGGACAUUGAGCGCGCCCACCGGGUGGCCUCGGAGAUCGAGGCGGGUAUGGUGUGGAUCAACAGCAGCAACGACAGCGACUUCCGCGUACCGUUCGGCGGCGUCAAGCAGAGCGGUAUCGGUCGCGAGCUGGGCGAGUCAGGCCUGGAGGCUUAUUCGCAAGUCAAAGCAAUCCACGUGAACAUGGGCUCGAAGCUUUAGGAUGAAAAAAAAGAAGUUAGCCAUUCAUGAAGCGACGGGAUAAAACGAAAACAACUUCACUUACAAUCUGUUCUCUACUUCUUUGCCAACUCGGUAGUUUGUUCGUAGGCUCUACAAAGGAGUGCCGUUAGAGGGAAGCGUGCGAUGAAGAAGGACAUUAUCGGGUGGCACAAACGACCUCUCAGUCCAACAAGAUGAUGAUGAUGUCUGGAUCUUGAGUUGUGGGCUUGCCUGCUUUGCCUUGUGCUACUGCAGCAGCAGCAGCAGCAGCAAAACAGGCAAGCAGCAAAGCACAGCAUCUUAUGAGCGAUAGACCGAAGCAACCAUACCAGAUCCAGUGGGAGAGAGAGAGAGGGGGGGAGAGAUAAGAGAAGUGGCCUGGGGUCAGAUUGGCUGGAAGUAGUGUAA